CUAUAGAAAGGAAACUUUCAGCUCCAAGACCCUCCUUUAGUUCAGUUUCCGAUUAAUUUUAUUGCAAAACUUCAUUAACAUUACUCCCUCCUGGCAUUUCUGCUGUAACACUACCUCCCCCCACAGAUCCUGAAUAUAGUAGUUCUUUUCUUUCCCCCCCUUUGUUUCUUAUUUUUGCCAUCUAAUUUGGGUGCUGACGGACAAGGCUGGGUUUUUAUUUCACCCUAACACACCCCCCCGCCCCUCGUUCCCCAGCUGAUAUCCACAUGAGCUCCAUGGACCUCUGCUCACUUGCCACAUUCCUGUUUUGAUCCCUGUUUCCUACAGCCACCCUCUGGCCGCACUUUGCUUCCCCCGCUGCAGCCGGAGUGGCAAAAAUUCGCCUUGUAAAUAACUCAUCCCUCCUAACGCCCUCCCACUCCGGCCCCGCUGUCGCCGCCUGUGUUCGCUUCUGUCCUCUUAAAUCCUUGCUGGCCUUGUCCGUGGAGGCGGUUUCAUCACUGGGGCAGUGGGAAAAUCGGGUCAGCCCUACGUCGCUUUCGCCUGGCAGGUCCCGGAUGCCAACACCAGGGUCCCGCCCCGUCGCCAGUUCCCGGAAAACCCUGGCCAGGCCCCUUUUUGUGCGCACUUCUCCGAGUGCCCUUUAAAAACAACUAUGGCUGCGGGAAGUGCCAUAAGAUACCUCCAGGAGGAAACCACCUGCGCUGUCUGCCUGGACUUCUUCCACGACCCUGUCAUGAUCCUCAGCUGCGGCCACAAUUUUUGCCGCCGUUGUCUCGAUUGUUGCUCGGUGGAUGCCGCCGGCGGUGGUUCCUGUCCUCAGUGCCGGGUCCCUUUCCCGCACGGCGGCUUCCGUCCCAACCGGCAGCUGGCCAACGUGGUGGCUGCCAUCCAGGAGCUGGACACGCCGGCGGCGCAGGAGCUUUGCCGGAGGCACCAACAACCCCUCACUCUUUUUAGUCACCGGGAUGGAAUCCUCGUCUGCGCUGCCUGCGCUGAGCGUCGCGCUGAGCCCGCUGUGCCCCUCGAAGAGGCCGCUCGCUGGUACAGGAAGCAGUUUGAAGGUUCCCUAAAAAGCCUGCAAGAGGAGUACGAGCGACGUGCCAGUCUCAGCGAGGCAGCGAAGGAGACAAGACAGGAGAUGCUGACUCGAGUCAGUGCUGAGAAGCAGAAGCUGCUGGUGAUGCUGGAAGAGCUCCGGCGGGUUUUGAGUGAACAGGAAUCACGUUUCCUUGCCCGGUUCCGUCGCCUGUGCUGGAGGCUGGAGGAACAGCAACGUGGUGAAGCUGCCAAGAUAACCUGGAUCCGGCAACACCGUGCUGAGCUCCAGGCCAAGUGCCAGCAACCGGAUGUUGAUCUGCUACGGGAUGCCCAAACCACCCUGAGCAGGUGCACAGAGAGAAAGGUGCAGCCGUCGCUGCCAUCGCUGCCAGAGCUGGAAGCAGAGCUUGAGGAUGUUACCCGGAAAACCAACACGCUGGCAGAGGCAGUGACACAGUUUAAAGACAUCUUGGGCUGUUCACUGGCGGAAGACUCAGGGGGAUACCAGAGAGCAACCGUGACCCUGGAUCCAGCCACAGCUCACCCCCAAAUCCUGGUGUCACCAGAUGGCCGGACUGCAGGCCGCCGGGAAUCACCCCCAGCUCCUCUUCCCUCAGGAAAGGAGCGUUUUGAGUCUCUCCGCUGUGUUUUGGGUCGGCAGGGCUUCGUGGGGGGCCGGCACUGCUGGGCUGUGGAGCUACACGCUCCGACGCAUCGAGGUGGCUCUGGAUUACGCCGGCGGGCGGGUGGCUUUCCGUGAUGCUGACAGCCAGACCGAAAUCUUUGCCUUUCCCCCAGCCACUUUUGCCGGUGAGCGACUCCGGCCACUGCUCUGGCUGGGUGAGGGGCCAGCUCUGCUCACCUUCUGCCCCUGAAUCCCCCCAAAACCGACCAUGAACCUCCCAAGCACGGACACUUUCACCACCCCAGCAAACCCUGCACUCAAUAAACAGCCCCAACUCCCGCCCCCGACCCAUUUAAUUUUCCUUAUAACACCUAAUUUAACAAUAUUAAUCACAUUUCACUCUCUUGCUCCUCAGUGGGAGAACAGAGAUAUUUUUAUUUCCCACAGCACAGAAAAACAGGGAGAACGUGCUAAAAAUUUUUGGAAAGCUCACUUUGAGGCUUUGCUUCUGGAUGCCUCGUAAUAAGAAUUUGCAAGUGGAAACAUUUCUGCUUAGGAUUUGCAAAGAAUUUAAGGGAAAUGGGCUAAAACCAUCUCUUGUGCCUCCUGGGAUCACUACGGCUCAUGGUUUUACCACUGCCACAAUGUGAGCAGGGAGAGAGGCCACAAACAGGAUUUUAUCCCCCACUGCACUGCCAACAAGUUGAACAGAAGGGGAAAAAAUAAACAAACUUGUAUCUUGAGGCAGCAGAAGGUUGUUACUAGGGUUAAACCUUGUGAUAGAGACCUGUUAUCAGCAAGCACAGGCAGGACUGGGCAGGUCUCUGCCUCUUACAGCCUCAGUCACUCCACCUUCGCUGCCAGACUUGCCUCCCCAUCCACAGACAUUCUUGACAUCAGACUGAGGAAGAGGAGGAACCACAAGGAAAGGCAGCAGGGAAGGCAGCUGCUUUUAUCUUCGGGGCCCUAAUUUUAAAUAACUGCCUUGACAAACCCACAGGUCACCGCUAAACUCAAAUUACAGUCCUGGUCAGUUGUAUAAUUAGUUGUUUCCCUGUUUGGUUCAUGGUGAGGUUGGU